AUGAAUCGUGCACAAUCUACGUUAAGCUCUCUGGAAAAACUCCCGCAAGAAUGCUUGAUGCAGAUUCUUGACCAACUUGAACCAUCUGAUGCUGCGUCUGCUGGCGCUACAUCUCAGUCCCUUCAGAUGCCUUCCGAAGAAUCUCUGUACCGUCAAGUUAAUCUUGACUGGACCAGACCUCCACUCAAGCGGGUUCUGUCAUUGUUCUGUGUCGUUAAUGAACGUCCGGAUCUAGCCAUGCAUAUUCGCCAUGUUCGGAUGAUUUCUUCCCGCUUGGAAUAUCCAGCAGAGGAUCAAACUGAAAAAUGGUACCCUCCCCCAGUCGAUGGAAACUGGGAACUGCUCGCAGCUUCGUUUCAGAGCGAGGUACACGCCGCGAAGGAAAUUGUCAGCCGAGCACAGUUUCCUUCGCCAGAGAGGUGGAUGCAAGCGCUAGACCAAGGUGAUCCUUACGCAUUUGUGGCCAUCACUCUCUCUCAACUUCACAAUCUACGAUCUUUACGAUUGGAUUAUACCUUCGUGUGGCAAUCCGGAUUCCCAGGCCUCAUGAUUCGACAUGCUUUGCUUUCAGCACCCCCAGAUACUCUAUCAAAGUUCGCCGAACUCUCCCUAGUUGAAUACGGUCUGAACGUUCCGUGUAGCCGAGUAUCUCAGGGCAAUCCCUCAGAUUGUAUUUACCCAGAGGCGUUUCCGAGUUGCGAUCCGGACCAAUCUGCAGGCUGGUUUUAUCUGCCCUCCUUACAGUCACUAGAGAUAUGGCUUCAAAGAUUUCAAGGUGUUGAUUUGAGCAAGAUGGGUCAUCUGGCCAAACUCGAAAGACUUGUGAUUAUGGAGUCUUACAUCGAUGAAGAUGAAGUCAGAGGCCUGUUGUCACUCCUUUCGUCAAUACAAAGCCUUCAUUUGGGCUUGGUUUACCCUUCCCAAGAUGAAGCAGCAAACUGGGAAAUUGAGUCCCCCCGCCCCCCUCUACGCAAGCAGAUGAAAGGCGCGCUACUUGAAGGUCUUAUGAGCAUAAAAGGGACAGUUCAAACCCUUUCAAUAAGUAUUGAGCUUUGCCCAAUUAAUCUAGGCUCACAAUGGUAUGAAAAAGACUUCGGUGACAUUGAGCAAGCUUUACUGCCAUUUCGGGGUUUCUUAAAACAAUAUCUCCACCUUGAAACUGCAGAACUGCCGGCAGUCUUGCUUUUUGGGUGGGUUCAUGAUGACGCUCCGAAUCUAGACACGCUAUUGCCAUCGACACUUCAAAGCCUCGCCAUUCGAGAGAAUCUCUCUUGUGUAGCGCGUGAUAUUUCAGUUAUCGAGGACGGCAGCCCGGGGGAAACUUACGAAUGGGAGCUUGAUGCAGUCGCCCGGGCUAUUCAGAGGUUCCUCCCUUCGGCACGAGAUUCGACACCGUUGCUAAAUAAGAUUAUAAUUCGAGAUUUCGCAAUGGACUCAAGAGGACACAUUGCUGAAGAAGAUACUCUUGCCGCUCGAUCUUUGUGCCAAGAUUUAGGCCUGGACAUGGAUAUUGCUAUCAGUCCUGACGCACUGCCUGCUGGACUCCGGACAGCCAGUAGGGCGCUUGACGAAUACUCUACGAGUUGGAGAUCAAAGAGUCCAAUAAUAGCAGACUCUCCAUUUUGCUAG